AUGUCGCUGCAGGAUGGCGACGGCGGCACGCUAGACCUGCCGCAUUUGGUGCAAUCCGUGGUAUGCGCGGAGUGGACGGCCGAGGUGAUUGGCGUGGAGCUGGUGCGACCAGGCGUCGCGCCGUGGCGGAGGGAAGGAGGAGAAGGAGAGAUGUUAGGGACGGCCAGUGUGGUUGCUCCGGUGAUGGCGUCCUGCGGGGGGCUUAGAAGCAACGGCUGCCAUUGA